AGCAAUAGUACUCCAGAAUUCGUGGCAAAAAAUAGUCGGUUGUUGUUCGUUGUUGUGUUCACUCGGUCUUCGUUGCUGCAUUUGAUUUAGUUGUUGGGCAGGCAAAGCAAAAAGCAAUAAAUUAAAAAAAAAAUUGCCAAUUGCCGUGUGAGAAAGUGAAAAUUAAUAAUUUUGGAACUGUGUGGUUAUAACUACAAACAGAACGAUGUCUAAGCCACAAUCAGAUGCCGAUAGACGCAAGCAAAUAUCCGUCCGCGGUAUUGCCGAAGUCGGGAAUGUGACCGAAGUGAAGAAGAAUUUCAAUCGUCAUUUGCAUUACACCUUGGUCAAGGAUCGUAAUGUGGCCACUUUGCGCGAUUACUAUUUUGCCUUGGCCAAUACCGUUAAGGAUAACAUGGUCGGCCGCUGGAUCCGUACCCAGCAAAACUAUUAUGAGAAGGAUCCAAAGCGUGUCUACUAUCUAUCCUUGGAAUACUAUAUGGGCCGUUCUCUGACAAACACCAUGAUCAACUUGGGUGUCCAAAGUGAAUGCGAAGAAGCCAUGUACCAAUUGGGCCUCGAUAUCGAGAGCUUGGAGGAAAUGGAAGAAGAUGCCGGUUUGGGUAACGGUGGCCUGGGUCGCUUAGCCGCCUGUUUCCUUGAUUCAAUGGCUACACUCGGUUUGGCUGCCUACGGUUAUGGCAUUCGCUAUGAAUAUGGUAUUUUCGCCCAGAAGAUCAAGAAUGGUGAACAGAUUGAGGAACCCGAUGAUUGGUUGCGUUAUGGCAACCCAUGGGAAAAGGCCAGACCAGAGUUUAUGUUGCCUGUCCGUUUCUAUGGACGCGUUAUGGAUACACCCGAAGGCAAGAAGUGGGUUGAUACGCAAGUUGUUUAUGCCAUGCCAUAUGACAAUCCCAUUCCUGGUUAUGGCAACAACUAUGUUAACACCUUGAGAUUGUGGUCCGCAAAAUCUCCCAUUGAUUUCAAUUUGAAAUUCUUCAAUGAUGGUGAUUACAUUCAGGCUGUUUUGGACCGUAACUUGGCAGAGAACAUUUCCCGGGUCUUGUAUCCCAAUGAUAACUUCUUUGAGGGCAAAGAAUUGCGUUUGAAACAGGAGUACUUCAUGGUUGCUGCCACCCUGCAGGAUAUUGUCAGACGUUAUAAGGCAUCCAAGUUUGGAUCACGCGAAGCCGUGCGCACCAACUUCGAUCACUUCCCCGAAAAGGUGGCCAUUCAAUUGAAUGACACCCAUCCGUCUUUGGCCAUUCCCGAACUUAUGCGUAUUUUGAUGGACGAAGAGCAUUUGGAUUGGGACAAGGCCUGGGAGAUCACUGUACGUACCUGUGCCUAUACCAACCACACCGUCCUGCCCGAAGCUUUGGAACGCUGGCCCGUUUCCAUGCUUGACUCCAUUUUACCCCGUCAUUUGCAAAUUAUCUACCACAUCAAUUUCUUGCACUUGGAAAAUAUCAAGAAACGUUAUCCUGGUGACUUGGAUCGUAUGCGUCGCAUGUCCUUGGUUGAAGAAGAUGGUGAGAAACGCAUUAAUAUGGCCCAUUUGUCCAUUGUGGGUUCACAUGCAGUCAACGGUGUGGCCGCUAUCCAUUCUCAAAUUCUGAAGGACGAUUUGUUCCACUUGUUCUAUGAAAUGGAACCCCACAAAUUCCAGAACAAAACAAACGGCAUCACUCCCCGUCGUUGGUUGUUGAUGUGCAAUCCCGGCUUGUCCGAUCUCAUCAGCGAAAAGAUUGGCACAGAAUGGCCCGUCCAUUUGGAUCAAUUGGUGGCCCUUAAGAAAUGGGCCAAGGAUCCAAACUUCCAGCGUGACGUUGCCCGCGUCAAGCAAGAGAACAAAUUGAAAUUGGCCCAGAUUUUGGAAAAGGAUUAUGGCGUGAAAGUAAAUCCUGCCUCUAUGUUUGACAUCCAGGUCAAACGUAUUCAUGAAUACAAACGUCAGUUGUUGAACUGUCUGCACAUCAUCACUUUGUACAAUCGAAUUAAGAAGGAUCCCACUGCCCAGUUUGCUCCACGCACAAUUAUGAUUGGUGGUAAAGCUGCUCCUGGCUAUUAUGUAGCCAAACAAAUUAUCAAGUUGAUCUGUGCUGUUGGUAAUGUAGUCAACAACGAUCCCAUUGUGGGUGACAAACUUAAGGUGAUUUUCUUGGAGAACUACCGCGUCACCUUGGCCGAGAAGAUUAUGCCCGCUGCCGAUUUGUCUGAGCAAAUCUCCACAGCUGGUACGGAGGCCAGUGGUACUGGAAACAUGAAAUUCAUGUUAAACGGUGCCCUUACCAUUGGCACCUUGGACGGUGCCAACGUUGAGAUGGCCGAGGAAAUGGGCAAUGAAAACAUCUUUAUCUUUGGCAUGACUGUAACAGAAGUUGAGGCUCUGAAGAAGAAGGGCUACAAUGCCUAUGAUUACUACAACAGUAACCCCGAGAUCAAGCAGUGCGUGGAUCAAAUAUCUGGUGGCUUCUUUAGCCCUGGCAAUCCUCAUGAAUUCAAGAACAUUGCUGAUAUUUUGUUGAAAUAUGAUCAUUAUUAUCUUUUGGCUGAUUACGAAGCCUACAUCAAGGCCCAGGAUGCUGUCUCAAAAACGUAUCAGAAUCAAGCCAAAUGGUUGGAGAUGUCCAUUAACAACAUAGCAUCCAGUGGUAAAUUCUCCUCGGAUCGUACUAUUGCUGAAUAUGCUCGUGAAAUCUGGGGCGUUGAGCCCACCUGGCAGAAAUUGCCAGCACCUGAAGAUGCGCCUGCCAACUAAAGUGUAUAGGGAAACGAUCCCAAGUCAAAUACAUUUUUUAUUAACAUACACACCCACACACCCACACAUAUAUAACAUACAUUAAGUUUAAGCUAAAUUUUCUUUUAUAAAAAAUUGAUCGAAAUCUCUCUAUGAUUAUGAAGAAGAAUGCACAACAUAACAAACAAAUCAAUGAAAACUAGAGCAGCAUUAGGUCGCACACAACGCCUAUGGAAAUGAACAAAGUUUCUAUUUUAUUAAAUAUAGUAAGUGUUAAAUAAAUACAAAAAUAAACCGUAAAACAAAACAACAAGUAGGCCAAGGUCUUACUCCAAAUAGCAUAAAAACCAUGUUAAAUUAGAAGAAAUUUGUUGAAAUUAUAUUGAAUCACCUUGUGAAACACCACCUCAGGAAAUUAAAUUUUAGUGAAAUGUUGAAGAUAAAAAGAAAUACUCAAAAUGUUAACCAUUUGAUGCAACUACAACAUUUAAAAAACAUCUUAAAAUAAACUAAAAAACUGAAA